GACACGCGCUAGAGACUGGCCGAUGACGUCACGGGUGCAGGAAUGGCGGCGCUGUCUGUCUGUGUGAGGGAGGGAGCCUGAACAGCCUGAAAACUUUACUCCACAGCAGCACACACUCUGCGGGUUUAACACACCGCAUCGUUUCAGUCGCCGAGGACACGAGGGCAGAGUUAAAUGCACAGAGAGCUCUCCCGCGGCUUAGAGUGAAGGACGGUUACGGAUAUAACUCGCUGAGCUAGCUAACUUAUUCCUUGUAACUUUACCUGCGUUAGCAAGGAAGCUAACCUUAGAGCUUUGGUACUGAACGGUAGCAGCUGCACUAGUGAAACGUUUGACUUUGUUGUUAUUUUUGUCAUUCCAGACAACACACUGAGGGGAAGAAGGGGUAGCUAAGGGACGCACUUGAGCCUUGGCUAGCCGGUUUAUUUUCUCUGGUUGGCACUAGCAGUCUGGGGUAUAUUGCUGCCUAGCUUGCUAAGCGUUAGCAUUGUCGCUAAUAACUUAGCCUAUAUGCCACAAUGGAGAGUUUAACGCUGACCGACGUCGAGCAGAAAUACUACUCGGAUUUGUUUGUGUACUGCGACGUGGACAACACGAAGAAAGUGGCCUCCAACGGCAAGGUGCUGGAGCUCUUCCGGGCGGCCCAGCUCUCCAACGACGUGGUGCUGCAGAUCACUGAACUGUGUGGUGCGACUCGUCUUGGCCACUUCGGUAGGAGCCAGUUCUACAUCGCGUUGAAACUUAUCGCAAUAGCCCAGUCUGGAUUGCCACUUCGUGUCGAGAGCCUGAACAGCGUCAAAGACUUGCCACUCCCUCGCUUUGUGGUGGGUAAGAACGAACAGGAGGCCAGACAUGCAGCCAUGUACCCAGACACCGAGAACCAGGGGCCGUACUCCAGUGUGAUCCCCAGACCCCCGGGCCGAGUCCCGACCAAAAAAGUGUCCACGCACGAAGUGAUCCAGUCCUGUGCGCCCCCUGUCGAUCCCCAGCCAGACACCACGUCUCCCGUAGUGUCCCCUCACCAGUCUCCGCCCACCUCACCUCCCGCAUGGAGGAAGCACAAGCGACAAGCCAGCGGCGGCACCGUGGACCGUCAGGCUGCGGUGGCAGGAGCCGUGUGGCCACCAUUCAGAGAAGCACAAGCGGGUCCAGUAGCAGGUGAUGGGAUGUGGUCUGCUCACUCUCCUCCUCCUGUUCAGGAAAACUGGGUCAGUUUUACAGACACUCCUCCCUCCAGCACACUUCCAGCAAUGCAUCCCUCUUCUGCUCAGGAGAGCACAACAGUACGAACAGUGGCAUCUGCUGCUACUACAAACGAGAUCCAAAGACAGGCCAGUGGCUACGACGACCCCUGGAAAAUCACGGAUGAGCAAAGACAGUAUUACGUUAAUCAGUUCAAAACUAUCCAACCUGAUCUGACCGGUUUUAUCCCAGGCUCUGCUGCAAAGGAGUUUUUUACGAAGUCGAAGCUGCCUAUUUUAGAAUUGUCUCACAUUUGGGAGUUAUCAGAUUUUGAUAAAGACGGUGCACUGACCCUGGACGAGUUCUGUGCAGCGUUUCAUCUCGUGGUUGCCAGAAAGAACGGUUAUGACCUUCCAGAGAAGCUUCCAGAGAGCUUAAUGCCAAAGCUUAUUGACCUGGAUGACUCAGCAGGUAUGAAGAACAGAAGAGAAACCCAAGAAAUGUGUAAUUGGAGUGGAGUCCCAGAGCCUGCACCUGAAGUGAGUUUCUCUGGUUCCCCGGUGGAGGUGACGCCUAAUAAAUCUCCCUCCAUGCCUUCCUUAAACCAGACCUGGCCCGAGCUCAACCAGAGCAACGAGCAGUGGGAGACUUUUAGCGAACGCUCCUCAAGCUCACAAACUCUGACCCAAUUUGAUUCUAACAUUGCACCAGCUGACCCUGAUACGGCCAUCGUGCAUCCUGUGCCCAUCCGUAUGACGCCUAGCAAGAUACACAUGCAGGAGAUGGAGCUGAAGAGAACUGGAAGUGAUCACACACAUCCGACAAGUCCGUUAAUCACUAAACCUCCUGAACUGUCAGAGGAGAAAAAGCUAGCAGCUAUUAAAUUCCCUGGCAGCACUGUAGGUGACGGCUAUAGCAGCUCUGAUUCAUUUACAUCUGAUCAAGAACCCAUUUCAAGUGCUGCAACCAGACAGAGAUCUCACUCUGGGACAUCUCCCGAAGGUCUGAAAGCCGUGGCUCCGCCCCCUCCUCCUCCCCGCCCUCAUGCUUCACAUUCCCGCUCUUCCUCUCUAGACAUGAACAGGAACUUUGCCACCGUCACUGCAGGGGCUCAGCAGCAGGCAGGAGUAGUGGCUUUUCCUCCUGCCGUGCCUCCUCGGCCACUGGCUACACAGACGUCAGUGCCACAUGGGCACCGUUCGGUAGAUGGAGAUGGUCUUCCAGCACAUUCCAGCACUUCUCCCCAGCAGAUACCAGAACAGCCCAAUUUUGCAGAUUUCAGCCAGUUUCAGGUGUUCGCUGUGGACCAGCCUGCAGAUGAAGGGGAUAAACAGCGGGACAAACAGCAGGACAGUGGACAGGUAGAGAAAUGUGCAGACGCUGCUGCAGCUGUGAGAUCAGUGAAGAAUGAAACUCAGCCGGAGGAGCGACCUGCGGCCACUGUGAACUCUGCCAAAGGAUCCACUCCAUUGGCCCCUCCUCCUAAACCUGUCCGCCGAAGGCUGAAGUCAGAAGAUGAGCUCAGACCCGAACUGGACGAGCACCCUCAGAAGUCCGGCAUCGUUGCCACUGUCCUCGCCACGCAGCCUUCUAUACCACGGUCUGUUGGGAAGGAUAAAAAGGCAAUCCAAGCUUCCAUUAGAAGAAACAAAGAGACAAACACGGUUCUAGCUAGACUCAACAGUGAAUUACAGCAGCAGUUAAAGGAUUUGCUGGAGGAGAGAAUAUCGUUGGAAGUUCAACUGGAGCAGCUGAGACCUUUUUCCCAUUUGUAAGCGCGUGAAGGAAGAGCCGUGAAGAGCGACAGGAAAGGUCCGACAGAUCCUCCGGGAGGACGCUGAUGUCAGCCCUCUUCCUGUUCCUCAUCUGGCUGCCUGAGGAAAGACUUUACUGCUUCCUCCAUAAUGCUCUCCCACACCCCAUCCUGCUCUGAUAGAGAGGCUGUCCUCACAGCCAGGGGUAGGAAUAUAUAACAUUUUGGCACUUUGACGAUACAGAGUGUGAGUUACAUGUAAAUGUCAGUCCUCUGCUUGUGCAGCACUCGGUUAGCACUGCUAUUAUGGGGAGUGUAUGUUCUUGAAUCACGCUGAGGAUGAUGGGGAGGUGAUGAUUCUUCAGCGGUUCUGGCUUGAUAAUCAUGUGAGUGCAGGGGAGGACUGAUAUUCUUUCUUUUUUUUUGGGAGGGAGCUCAUGCUCUGAUCAGAAGUACGUUCACGAAUGACUGCUAGGCACUCGUUCAUGUUUCUUGUAAGCUCCCUAACAUGCCAUUGGCCUACACCAAUAUUCGUGUUUGUGUGCGCACGUGUGUGUGAGUGAUGGUUAUAAAUAUAUGGCAUAAUACAGAGUUUCUCAGCUCCGGUCCUGAAGAUCACUUCUCUGCACAUCCAUCAUACCUGAUCAGUGCUUGAUGAUGUGUGUUAGCACACGGUAAAGUGUCACCAGGAGUAGACUUGAGACACACUGGCAUAAUGCAUCACAGACCGCUCCGUUUUCUUCUUUUAACAUCUGUGGUAUAACAAUGUUUUUGUACCUUGUACAGUCAUUGACCCUGUAUUACAGAUCUUUUCUUUCAUGACUCCCGCACUCAUGACUCCCGCACUCAUUUCCUGUAUGGCACAGAACCUGCGUGAGUCGUGCUUCAGAGUCAUGUUUUCCUGUUCCAUCAGUUUAAAAAACAAAACAAAAAAACGAGACCUGAAACUGCACUUUCUUCCCCUUGGCUUUCCUUUGUUUGUCCGUAUUUUACUCCGUAAACCCCUUUUUGCAUGUCGUUCUUGUUCUUAUUUGAUCUAAAACGGCUCUUAAAAUUCGAACCACUUGAUUUGUACGUCUAUUAUCUUAACUAGUACUAGAGGAGUUUUACAUUCUUACUCAAACUUAAUGUCUUAAAUGUUUGGUUAGUUUGUUAGUUUUUCUGUUUGUCUUUUUUCCCCCCUUCUUGGCCCCUGAAGCCUUACUCCUUUCGUUCAGGUUUUUACACUAAUCCCCCCCUUCCCCAUGUUGAGUCACGGUGAGCCUUUUCCCCCCUGCUGUUCAGGUCGAUGUACUGUAUAAGAGGUUUCUUGUAUAUUGUAUGAUAUACCUUUUGAUCUCAUAUGUAAAUUUGCAUUAAUUGCUAACUAAUAGCAAAUAUUCUAUUUAAUUGCUUAUAUUAUGGCUGUGGGAUCAUAGAUGUUUAACUGCAUGGAUGUAUCUCUGCAGAAUAAACUAGCAGCUGUGUGAUUUUUACACAAAAUAAAAAUGGCACAAUAUUUUAAUAACU